CCAUCUUUGACAUGUUUGAAUUUACUUUUUAAAGUUUUCAAAAUUCUGACAUGUUUUCAGACGAUUAAGCAAUAAUCAGGAAUAGAGUACAAUGUCAAUAUCAGAGACAGACCCUGGUGUGAGCUCUUCAGACACGGAGGGAAGAAAAGAACUUAACAUGCAUUUAUUCAAUGAGGAAUAUGAGACACAGUAUUUCGGUUUCACCCCUAAAUCAUUCAGUGAUGGAGUAUAUAACUCCUUUGUGGAUUAUCUGUAUGAGGAUGUGAUUGUGUUAGAGGAGUAUAUGUCCCAGGAGUUCAAUAACCUGAUGAACAGAGAACAAAUAAGGGAAGCUGCUCAUAAAGUUAUUCCAGUUUUCACAAAGGCUUUUGACAAGGCAUUCAAUAAACUUGAGAGGUAUUUGUUGGAGAACAUACUGCACAUUCCAGACAAUGUGUUACUAGAAGAGGACAAAGCGCAAAGCAAGCAGUACACUGAGAGAGAAAAUGAAGUCAUAGAUGAAGACAUCAAACAGCUAAAACAAAAAAUACUGAAUGCAAAGUACAUGAAUGCAGCUCUUAAAAGGGGUAUCAAAGAUAUAGAACAGGUUCAAGCACAUAUAGAUGCCAUGUCAGCACAUUUAGACACAUUGAAUAAAGUGUGCAAAGAUGCAGGAGUUCCUGAUACUGCUGAGACGAUGAAGUUUUUAACAGAAAAGGUUUCAAAAAUGCAAGAAAUGAUAAAAAAAUACAACAGAUAUUCCAAAUAUGGGGUCAACAGUACCAAGUUCAACUACAGAUAUACAAACUAUGAAAGAUAAUAUAGUUGAACUGCAUACGUGAGAUUCAAUAUGUUUUAACCACAUUAUACUCCAAUGCCCAAGGGCAGGCAAAAACAAAAAGUUGCAUAAUGCCUGAAGGAUGUACUGUGUUGGCCCUUAGCCAGGGGGGCUCAAAAAUUCUUUCAAAAUCAUGCAGUUUUUCACCACCUUGAGCACUUUUCAAGUGAUUUUGACCAUUUUUGAACCAAUGUUGACAAAAGUGAACCUUCUUGGAAUUUCAAAAAUGAACAAAUCCUGGCUUCAGGCAUGGG